CGGAUGGGCCGAGGGCGGCCCCCGUAGCCACCGUCAAGCUGGUGCUGGAAACUGGCGUGGGCGUGAUCACACGGGCGUGGCCCCUCAACCAGCCCCUGCACGCCCCUCAGGACACAGCUCAGCCACACCACGCAGGUGCCCCGCCCAGUACGUGCAGUUAGUGCUGCGUGGGCGGAUGCUGGGAGACGAGGCCACACUGCGGGGCGUGGGCGUGGAGGCGAACGAGACAGUGCAGGUGGGCGUGUCCUCCAAGCGCCCGCACACCCAUCCCCUCACCCUGCUGGCGCCCACCUCACCCCCCUCUGCCCACCCCGGACGUCAUCACGGUCAUUGUGUCAGAAGGUGGUGGUGUGGAGCGGGAGGUGGUGGUGGAGGUGGAGUGGGCGAGUGGACCCAAAGUGUGGCUGGGAGGAUUUCGCCACAAACUGUCUGGUCUCCACUACCACAACGCGGCCACGCAGACCCCUCGCGACGACUAGACCAGCACCGGGAAGGGUGACCCGUGGCUGCCAGACAGUGUGGGCGCGGACAAGAGGCACCCAGACCCGCCGCCACGCCCACACCCAGACCACCGCCCUGCACCCCUUGCUGGCCACGCCCACCCCAAUCAUCAUUACCCCACGCCCAUAUGUUCCUGCUAGACAAUAUGACGUGGCUAAGGUUGUAAUGGUGCAAAAAAUCGUGCGUGGUUUUCUUGGGCGGAGAAGGGCGACGAGAGUGGCAAGGGUGAGGGCAGCAGCGGCGGCGUGCACAAGGCGAGUGAGUGAGGCGGACAGCGAGGAGCAGCGUGUGAUCACUAGCCCCUCCUGCCCAAGCACUGAGGAGGACUUGGAGCCAAACCAGCGGCGAGAGUGGCUGGUGCCCCUGACACAGCUGUACGCGCGCCUGGAAAACUGGCGGCGAAGGCAGGUGGCGCUGGUGACGGAGACGCUGAAGGGACGGGAGCGGCGCGCGGCGUUGGUGGCGCUCUUAGACAAGGAGACGGAGUUGCUGAGGGCGCUGGAGACUCACCGCGGGAUUCGAACGGCGCGACGUAGGAACGCAGCUGUGGCACAUUUCCUGCAGGAGGUGGCGCGGCCUCAGGUGUGGGCGGUGAGUGGGCAUGUGGGCGGCGUGGAGGUGGAGACGCCGGACACUCACCCCAUCAGGACCCUGGCGGCACUGGCGACGGCACUCACUCAGGACGCCACGCCCGACGUGCGCGCUCACCACUUCCACACCCUCACUGCCACGGUCGCCAGUCACCAGGGCGUGCAGGGUGCGGGGCGGGGCGGGCAACGUGUGGCGGGGGACCUACAGAGGCUGGCGGGCCGCGGCAUCUCUCUCCUGACGAGGGGAACUUCCGACGCGCGACUCAGAGGGCUAAGGAAACGACUGCAUGGACUUAUUCUUACAUAUCUGCAUGAAGUCCAGAAUCGUGUGCCUCCUGUAGUUACGCCCAGGACAGUGAGGGCGGCGGGAGCCAGGCCGGUAUUGCAGCCCACCCGCCUCUCCUGACACUCCGCCAAGGGAAAACGCAAUAGCAAACGUCUCUAGUCCGUCCUGGCGGCGCCGUGAGUGAGGAUCUGCCCUGCCACUAAAGAACGCAAGAGAGCCUGCUGGGAGGAUCUGGAGUGUUUAACUGACAGCGAUAGGGACCUACAUACCCUGGUCUUCCUUCACUAUCUGAGAGAGAACUGUGUCUGGACCUCAAAAUAACACAAGGAAGGCUACUGGGAGGACCUGGAGUGUCUGAAACUUAACCUAAUCUAAGCUAACCUAACCUAUAACUGAGAGCUCUGGAAUCUACUACAUACAGUCCUUCCAGUCGCUGAGAGGAUGGGAAACUGUAUCCACUUCCCUCAAGAAUAAAUGGGAAUUCUUAGCAAGGAUAAAUGUGAAUGAAUACAGGAGGAUAAGACCAUCAUUGCAGCAUCUCCUCACCACCACCACCACCACCACCGCCACCACACGGACACACAGAGACACAGACACACUCAUCUGUGCAUUAAGGAUGACGGGACAGCG